AUGGGCGUAUCUGUAGCAGUGGCAGAUACAAUCUAUAUCCUGGGCGGAAUUAAGUCUGAUUACGCAAAUAGCAGAAACUUCAACAUUACAACACUGAAAUUCGAUUCUCAACAAAAUGCUAUUACCAAUGCCAUCACAAAUACAGCACCACAGCUCAAUAGGGACUCCAGUCAUGCAUACGCUCUUGGAGAUAACAAGACCAUUGUGCUUGCUAACGUCCAGUAUCCAAAUAUAAAUGUUACAAAUGCCCAAAGCAAUACAACAAUAGAGCUUAGAACUUCUGGUAUCUCUUUUUACGAUAUUCCAAGCAAUACUUGGACAAAUCCUCAACUUAGCCCAGCAUUGCAGCCCCUACCACCCUUAAGAAGAGCUACAAUGACAGCCAUAUCGCCUGAAAACGAUGCAAUUUAUGUGAUGGGUGGCGCUUAUAUUAUGGAUAAUACGCCAAUGCCUGGCAUUUUCAGAUAUGACCUCAAAAACACUUCAUCCAUUAUCAACAUGACUGCAGUAGAUACCAACCUAAAGAUCAAUACAAUAGGUGCUUCGUCUGAUAUGCUACCUGAUGGAGUUAUUGUCAUAGCAUUUGGAAUGGUAUCCUUCGUGGACAGAACUCUACUUGAUGCUUCUCAAGUAACGUUAUUUGAUACACGCAAAAAUAAGAUAUAUAGUCAAAAUGUAACCGGAAACGCACCGGCACCAAGAUUUGCUGCAGGAAGCGCUUUAGGCCCCGAUAAAUCCACAAUCUACUAUUAUGGAGGUGGCGACCAAGCAGCAGCAAGAAAUCCUUUAACUGGCGGUGCCACUCCCAACCUUGUCGCCCUUGAUACAACGACUUGGACAUGGGUUUACCCGAAAAUCUCAGGCCUGGCAGCAGUACCUUACAUCUAUUCAACAUUGACGCUAUUGGAGAAUACAAAACUGGUAACAGCAUUGGGCCUUGUUGGAUCAGUAUUUUCAAAGGAUAUAGGUGUUAUCAAUAACGUACCUCAAUCUGCUAGUCAAUUGCAAGACAGCAGCAUGCAAUGGUUUACCAACAAUGAAGACACUGACAAGUACAGCGACCCAGCUUAUAAUCGCAAAAAGCAAAGCCUCAGUGAAGGUGCGAUUGCCGGUAUUGUUGUAGCUGUAUUGCUCAUCGUCGUAUUAAUCCUGGCACUUACGUGGAGACGGUUCCCAAGAAUCAGAGCCAUUGGAAUGUACAUUCAAAAUGAGAUUAUUUGGCACCCUAGAUCCGGAGAGCCAUUAUGGGCAGAAACAGCGCGUCUUUUGGUGCGCUUCAUCCUCUUGUUCCUGUUUAUAGCAUUUGUAGCGUAUUCAGUUUACAGAUCAGUCCAAAGCCCAGUUGUCGUUCAAGAAAUAAGAGAGCCAACGGACAUGGUGCAAGUUCCAGACAUUCGUUUCUGCUACGAUGGCUUUAAUGUGUCUUCAACUACUCCACCUCUCAACGUCUUUUGUGCAUUCAGAAAUGGCACAGACUGCUCGAAUCAGAUCAUACGACUGAACAUGUCAAACCACCUUCCCCAAUACCCUGAUCAGCUUGGUGCUGUUGCUUGUUUCAUGUUCUUAUCAGCUCCUUCUUACUCCCUGAUGAACGACAAUAUGGGUUAUAGUGAGUCUACCAGCACCAAGAUGGUCUUUAGCUUUCAGGGCCCCCCUCGAUUGGAUACCAAUGGCAAUAUCAGCAGUUCCGGAGCCAUCUACAUUGACAUGUACGCGCCAGGCUAUAACCCAAACGUGGUUGCCUACAAAUUGCUUCCUUCCAACCAACUUUCGCCCGAGUUCAAUCGAGAAUGGGCCAUCUCUGAGCAAGGCUCCAACACGAUUGAUUCCAUCAUUCUCAAACCCAGUGUUAGAACAUCUGCUUCGUUUGCCAUUAUUGAAAACAGAGCUUUGCGACGCUCUGAUGGUUGGAACUAUGUGGGAUUCUCGUCUACUUACGACGUAGAUUCUACAGUAAGCAGCUUUUACAAAGAUGCUCCUCAGAACAUCGCACUGCUGCAAACCUCAUCUCUGCUAGCACAACUCACAGUACAGCCCUCAUCGUUCACUAUCAACAUCAACAACGAGCAAAAGGUAUUUACGCUGUUGAACGCAUUCGCACAAAUCGGUGGUGUUCUGGGUCUCUUCAUUGCGGUGCAGACUAUCCUUUUUGGCUUCAGACCUCAGUCUCCUUGGGGCAUUGUGCAUCGCUGGUCUUUUGGUAGACUUCGCAUCCAGCUGACAGACAGACUAGCCAACUAUUUUGAUCGCAUGGGUACGCCUGUACCACUGGUCAAUCCUGUCAGCAGUCGUUUAAGUACUGUAUUCAAGAAUAGCGCCUACGGAUCAGGACAUGCUGUAGAUGAAGCCAUGAGUCAAGAAAACAGAGUUCACCAAGUAGAAGAACGCCUGCAGUUGAUGGAGCUUUUGCUGAAAUCUUACUACUUGAAUGAUGAAGUUUUCCGUUCUCUGGAUCAAGCUGUAAAACGUGGUAAUGACGAGAAACGUCGCAUUAGCAUGGGAGGUAUUAAGAGAAGCAGCACGGAUUCCGUACUCGUGGAUACAUCAAAUGAAGUGCUCGAGCUGAGCAGCAAUACCAAAACAGAUGAAGAGAGCGCAUCUACUCUAGGUAUCAACAGAAGGCCAUCUGGCACCGUUUUUCCACAACAACGAGGCAUAUACCAACCUGGAUUAGCUCCAAGCCCUUAUGAUCUUUAG